AGGUUGGACAAGCAUUUAUAAAGAUAGGUGUAUGCCUACAGUCAAAAUCGCUACAGUUUAAAACCAUGCAUUCCUGAUGUACAUAAAUGACCACAUAGUCUGCACUGUUGUUCCUGUAUCCUGUUUUCUUUACUGGAGCCCAUCAUUAUUGCAUGUUAUUGCUUCACAGAUUGACACCGGUAAAUUCAAGUACAGAACAUGACAUAACAACAUUGUUUAUAGAUGGGGCGUAUAGGACAAGCGACAUUCUUGUUCGUUUGGGACUGUUAUCUCAGCUGAUCCGACAUCGGGACAGUUGUCUCAUUCAUGCUGGAGCGGCUGCGCUGAGCGGACCAUCUGGAGCUCCUGUCUACCAUCAAUAUGUAAACGAACGCUAUUCCAACGUGGAUAAAAGAAAAUCGACUUAAUCAUGCGCAGACACUCGUACCAAUGGAUACGCAUUCGACUCGUCCUAGAAAUGUCUGGGACUCUUUGAUUUAUUUGUCAGUGUCGUUUUUGAAAGUCUGCAACUGUUGGAAAUAUUCUGCCGUUCGGAAGUAUUUGAUUAUAGUUGUAGUGUGUUUUGUUUAUUUGUUUUUCACCGUUCAUGUUAGUCGCACGUCUACUCGCCAGGACAAACGUCCUGAUCUGUGGACUGGAAAUAGCGUUUAUUCUCAGAGUAAAAAUGACCAGGACCCCGCUGAAGGGGAGGUGAAUGAAUCUGUGAGCCCGACCAGGUCUAAUGUGGUGUAUAUAACACUCAGAUCUAAGCGGCACAAACCGGCCAUCAUCAGGGGCACAGUGCGACCCAAACUCCGGAGAAAGAAAGUUAAAGUGAGACAGCAGGGUGUCACACAGGGCAAAGCGAAGGACGCGGGGCACAAUAUAAGCACCGUUAACAAACGACUGGGAUAUUCUGAGCUUGGUGGCAGUGAUACUGGUUAUUCAACUAUAAGGAUAUACAGUGAAAGAGCUCCUCCAUGGUUCAGUAAUGACGAUAUCACUGCCAUGCGCUUUCUAGCCGAUAGUAAAAUUACGCAAAUUGAUGAAGUGUCACCUCAGGGCUUCUCUUCUUUAAUUUUAUUUAAAAGUGCGACAAAUGGCACAGACGACGUUGGUGAGUGUCGUAAAUGUUGCGGUAUUGUCAAGCGACCCUUGGACAUGAGUGAGGUGUUCGCCUUUCAUCUGGACAGGAUCUUAGGACUGAACAGAACUUUGCCAGCUGUCAGCAGACGAUUCCACUCUCUUGGAGAUGGUCAGCCUUGUCCAGUGGUUUUGUGGGAUCCUUCUUUAAGCCCAGUAGUAGAUCAACCUUCUGAAAGGUUGAACUGGGGCUCAUAUCAAACCUCUCUCAAACACAAGUGCUGGCAUCGGGGCGUCAUACCUAAACCAGAGUGGAGCUGCACCAGCAUCCACCACCACGAAUGGAGCAAGCUGGUAGUCUUUGAUUUCCUCCUGCAGAUUUAUGAACGUCUAGACAAAAACUGCUGUGGAUUCAAGCCUCGCCCAGAGGACACCUGUGUGGAGCUUGGUCACCAUGAAGAAUGUAGAGACAAGGACAGCAUAGAGCUGAGACACAUAGUCCACCGUAAACAUGACCCACACCGCCUGGUUUUCUUCAACAACAAGGGCUACUUUGACCGAGAUGAGGGGAAUCUGAAUUUCAGGCUACUAGAGGGAAUCAAAGAGCUACCAGAUCAGUCUUUGUCAGUGUUGAGGUCUCAGCGUCUCAGGGAAAAGCUCCUGCAAUCGCUGUUUCUCGACCAGCAGUACUGGGACAGUCAGGGUGGCCGUCAAGGCAUUGAAAAACUCAUUGACGUAAUUGAGAGAAGAGCCAAAGUCUUGCUCACGUACAUUAAUGCUCAUGGGGUUAAAGUAGUACCUAUGAACUCUUGACAGAUGGUGCUUCAGCUUUCAAUGUGUAAGACGAACCACCAACCUUUUGGUUUCCAAUGAACGUUGAUGUUUUCGACAGAUUAGUAUGCCAAUGAAGACCUGCUGAAUUGAAACACUUUCAGUCAAAAUUCUAUGCACUACAGAAAUUAAGAGCACUUUGUGGUGUUGUAAGUGCUUCUCCCGUUUAAGACGAGAAGAAAUGAUAGUUAUAGGGCUAAUUUUUGGCACUACUGACAUUCCACAAGAUAAAGGCACUGUAAGUGAUAUGAUGUUUCGUUAACUUCUACCAGCCUUAGCUUCUGAAUUCAACUGCCUCUUCUGUCCAAAAUCCCGCCCACUAAUGACAUGUCAGCAAACCUGAUGUAAGCAAUCUGAAUGCUCAAACUGAGUCUUUUGGUUAGCUGCACAUCGAUGUCCCACAGCUAGUCUGUUUUGAUGUUUACAGAGCUGUAAGGUUAUCACAGAGAUCAGUGCAAUUUCUCAGGACACCUGUUUUAGAGUGUGUGCUAUUCCAUAAACAAUACCAAAGCACUUUAAAAUUCCAAUUUUAUAAUCAAUGCAUGUUCCGCUCAAUAAGUAGUUUCAGUCAGUUAUUAAUUUCAAUCUACAAUACAGCUUUAUAUGAACAUUUCUGCUAUAAUCUGCACAUAUUUUUUUCUGCUUUGGUGUUCAUGAUGAUGGUUCCAGCAUCGUUAAAUCUAUUAAAGUUGCACUUGUGUUUAUCACUGUGAAGAUGAUAUGAAUCUUCUUUCAUAUGAAUGGCAGUAUUCAUUGUGCUCUCAGAAGUGUUUGUUUUUGUAUUAUGUUGUUUGCCUUUGUAAAAAGAAAAAAAGUAUACAUACAGUAUAUAGAAUAAAAGUGUUGCAUUUCAGUUCAUCACAAAAUCAUUUCAAUAUUACAUGAAUUGGUAGCACCACUGUUUGUCAAGUUUGAGAAAAUCUUAUAAUCUUUGAAAUGGUUUGAAAAGUACUUUAUACACCAUGGUAUGUCUGAACAUUUGAUACUGAUUGGCUGAUUAUGAUGCUAACAUGUUAAUAAGUUGAGUUUUACCGUUUUGGAAUCUAUUCAGCCGAUGUCCGGGUCUGGCGAUAGCACUUUUAGCAUAGCUUAGCAUAGAUCAUUGAAACCGAUUAGACCACUAGCAUCGCGUUCAAAAAUGACCAAAUUAGUGAUUAUUACGCCAGAAUGGGAGUAUUGUUCCUAAUCAUAUUGGCCUAGAAAAUCGCAACUUUUCAUUUUCUGCCGGUCUUAGAACACGAUAUAACUACAGAAGAGUCAAGUUUUAAAUAUAAAAAAUAUUGAAACUUUGGUCAUUUUUGAACGCGAUGCUACUGGUCUAAUCGGAUUCAACGAUCUAUGCUAAGCUAUGCUAAAAGUGCUAUUGCCAGACCCGGAGAUCAGCUGAAUAGAUUCCAAAACGGUAAAACUCAACUUAUUAACUCUGGGGGAGUUGGAGAAUGAGCCUAUUUCCAAGAAAAGUGGAGUGUUCCUUUAAAUGGCUGGUUAGCAUUCAAUUGAGCAUUUUGCAGUGCGCUUUCAGAGUUUCUCUGAAACCCUCCACCUUCCCCAGCCCCACCUGUAUAGAUCUGCUACGGGUUAUUUUAUAUGUGAACCGUGCUGGCAAAAUGCGCAUGGGUUAAUUUUGAGCUACAGACACAAAAAAGUGAAAAACAUAGAUUUUAGUCAAAUUUCAGGUUUUGAGUUCAUUAAGCCCUCGUCUAGUGAUCCCAAUGCUCCAAAUAGUAACUAAACAUCUAAAAUGAUCUUUAUUUGUACAUUUUCUGAGAGGAGUGCCUUUUUCUCUGCUUGCUUCUUGCGCUGCUGCUGACUGAUAUAUGAAUCGCGCACAUACAGUACUGUAAAUGUGCUUCCACUAGUGCAUGAUCCCGAUAAAUAUACACACAGACUGUAUACAUAGAAUUACAGUAUUUAAGUACUGUAAACAUAAUCUGUUAUGUCUUAAGUGAAUGUUUGGUGAACCGUUGGGAAAAACAUCUGAUGUGUAACACAUAUCAGAUCCGUGCAGUACAAUAGGACUUACUAUAUAGGCCGUCUGUCUCAUUAAUGUUAAUCUAACAAUAAAAGAAAAGAUCACUGCUCUUGA